AUGUACAAUACUUCCUGCGGUCACCAGGACAGAGCUAGCCCGUCCCCCUCCACCCUGCCAGAGUCCCCUGGUCACAACUCUCCCGGUAGCACCUUACUGCUGGGGGAGAAGCCUUACCCCUGCCUUGAUUGUGGGAAAAGCUUUGUUAGUGCAGGAGCCCUAACCAUACACCAGCGUGUACACACUGGAGAGAAGCCUUAUAGCUGUGAUCAGUGUGGAAAGAGCUUCAAUCAGUCAAGCAACUUGACCAUACACCAGCGUGUACACACUGGAGAGAAGCCUUUUACCUGUGAUCAGUGUGGGAAGACCUUCAAUCAGUCAGUCCACCUGACAAAACACAAGCUAACACACACUGGAGUGAAGCCUUAUCGCUGUGAUCAGUGUGGAAAGAGCUUUGCUAGCUUUGCUCUAGCAUCCACCCUGAUUACACACCAGCGAACACACACUGGAGAAAAGCCUUAUAGCUGUGAUCAGUGUGGGAAGAGCUUUGCUGUAGUUUCCUCCCUGAUUAGACACUAUCGAACGCACACUGGACGAACACACACAGGAGAGAAGCCUUACAACUGUGAUUAUUGUGGAAAGAGCUUUUCUCAAUCAGUAAACCGGAAUAUACACCAGCGAACACACACAGGAGAGAAACCCUACAUCUGUGAACAUUGUGGAAAGGGCUUUGCUCAAUCAGGGAGCCUGAAUUCACACCAGCGAACACACACUGGAGAGAAACCCUAUGUAUGA